CAAAAUGGCCACCAUUAUUCAACCUCUUUCCGCCGCGGAGCGUGCUAUGAGAUCAGUUUUCGUGGGGAAUAUACCCUAUGAAGCAACUGAAGAGCAGCUGAGAGAUAUUUUUACUCAGGCUGGCCCUGUGGUCAGCUUCAGGAUUGUAUAUGAUAGAGAAACAGGUAAACCCAAAGGAUAUGGCUUCUGUGAAUACCAAGACAUUGAGACGUCCCAGAGUGCCAUGCGUAACUUGAACAACACUGACUUCAAUGGGCGUCCACUCAGAGUUGGAGCAGCAGCUGGUGAACAGAAUAAAGAUGAUACGAAGAGUAUGCAGCAGGCAACUGGUGGAGCAAUUAUUGAGAGUCCAUUUGGCGACCCUGUUGAGCCCAAGGAAGCCCCAGAAGCAAUCUCUAAAGCUGUGGCUAGUCUCCCUCCAGAGCAGAUGUACGAGUUGAUGAAACAAAUGAAGCUAUGUAUCCAGAAUAACCCUACUGAAGCCAGGAAUAUGUUGCUACAGAAUCCACAAUUAGCCUAUGCUUUGCUGCAAGCCCAGAUUGUCAUGAAGAUAGUCGAUCCACAGGUUGCCAUCGCAAUGUUGCAGCGAGAGAGGGACCAGAUUCCACCAAUCAUGCCAUCAGAGGAGAAGGAACCUCCGCCAGUGGUCUCCAAGGGUCCCGCUAUGUCUACCUCGAUGCCACCAAUGAGCAUGGGACAAGGUAACAUGGGUCAGCGUGUACCACCCUUGAUGGGCUCCGGACCAUCGCAGAUGCAGAUGGCUGGUAUGAUGGGAGACCAGCGGCCACCUAUGGGAAUGAACAACCAGAUGGGUGGACCACCACAGCAGCCUGUCCCAAGUAACAUGAACAUGGGUUUCCAGGCCCAGCCAGGCAUGAAUCCGAUGGCUCCAAUGCAAGGAUUCCGACCUGGGGGACCGAUGUCUCAACGACCUGGCAUGCCAACAGGAAAUAUGAACAGACCACAAAUGGGAGGACCACCCAUGGGAGGACCUGGACCGCAAGGAUUUAGAAAUCAAAUUCCUACAAGCAUUCCUCAGGGUAUGCAACAAGGGACCCCAAUAUCUUCACAAGAUCAAGAGAAGGCUGCUUUGAUCAUGCAGGUGUUACAACUGUCUGAUGAACAAAUUGCCAUGCUGCCAUCUGAUCAGAGACAGAGUAUUUUGGUACUGAAGGAGCAGAUUGCAAAGAGUGCACCAUCUUGAAUGAAAGUACUGAAGGCCAACAUGUUGUAUCCAUGGUAAAUUCAUAGUUGUCACAUGAGAACUUGUAAAUUUCCCUGAAACUGAUGUUCUGUGAAAAUUGUUGUAAUGCAUCAUAAGGAGAACUGAAACAUAACUAAAUUUUAAGUCACAAUCAGUCUGAUGGCAUUUUUCGAGAUUUGCAGAAAAUUAGCUAGGGAAUUAUUCUUGCAGGAGGGGGUGUUGGUUGGGAGCACAGAUUGACAGAAGAGAAUUGGAUACGUAUACUUUUGUGGCUUCUUCAAGGUGUGCCUGUCUCGAAUGUACUGUUGUUGUUCGCGAUUAAAUGCAUUUAUGUAAGAAUUC